GCAGGCGCAGCGGGGCCAUCUUCAGCGGCCGGCCGGGCGAGCUCGGGCAGUGCAGCCGUGCGCCAGCGCCCUGCACCCGGCCCCAUGGCGCCGCGGCCGCUGGGCCCCUUGGUGCUGGCGCUGGGUGGCGCGGCGGCCGUGCUCGGCUCGCUGUUCUUCAUCCUCUGGAAGGCCUACUUCGGCCGCGGGCGGCAGCGGCGCUGGGACCAGGGCGAGGCCUGGUGGGGCGCCGAGCCGGCCCGCCUCCCCGAAUGGGACGAGUGGGAACCCGAGGAGGAAGACGAGGAGGAGCCGGCGCUGGAGGAGCUGGAGCAGCGCGAGGUACUGGUGCUGGGCCUGGACGGCUCGGGCAAAAGCACAUUCCUGCGUGUGCUGACGGGGAAGCCACCGCUCGAAGGCCACAUCCCCACGUGGGGCUUCAACUCGGUGCGGCUGCCCACCAAGGACUUCCAGGUGGACCUGCUAGAGAUCGGUGGCAACCAAAACCUGCGCUUCUACUGGAAGGAGUUUGUGAACGAGGUGGACGUGCUGGUGUUCAUGGUGGACUCGGCGGACCGACCGCGGCUGCCCUGGGCCCGCCAGGAACUGCACAAGCUGCUGGACAAGGACCCUGACCUGCCUGUCGUUGUCGUGGCUAACAAGCAGGACCUGAGCGAGGCCAUGAGUGUGGUGGAGCUGCAGCAGGAGCUGGGCCUGCAGGCUGUCGAUACGCAGCGGGAAGUUUUCCUCUUGGCAGCUAGCGUAGCUCCGGCAGACCCUAGCUUCGAAAAUCCUGGCACUGUGCACAUCUGGAAACUGCUCCUAGAGCUUCUCUCCUAGGCCGGAGCCCACCCACCUGCUCACCGCCCAGCCCUGGGGACCACACGUCGGCUGCUGCUGUUUCUGCUUCUUCAUCACCAGCUCGGGCCGGGAGUCUGGGAACCCAGGACAC